GGGUGGUGGCCAUUUUGUCAUUAUAGAUACCAUCCAUGCCUUUUGAGCCAUCAGUAGUUCUAUAUGCUUUUCCCCUCCUCAAUAUCAAUCAUGUGUCUCCCUUUCUAAACAGCAGCAUUUCUUUGUUUAUGCUUUGAAUGAUCUGGCAGAAUCUUUGCUUAGAGUAUAAUUAACCUCCUUUGUGUUUGUUUCCUUCCAUUUUCGAGCUCUCGAACGUGAUUUCUCUGCCUUUUUCCACUCGUCUCUAAAAACCGCAAGAAUGGGGAGGCAACCUUGUUGUGACAAGGUAGGGUUGAAGAGAGGUCCAUGGGCCAUUGAGGAAGAUCACAAGCUCAUGAACUUCAUCCUCAACAACGGUAUCCUUUGUUGGCGGACGGUUCCUAAGCUUGCAGGUUUGCAAAGAUGUGGAAAGAGUUGCAGACUACGAUGGAUUAAUUAUCUAAGACCGGACCUAAAAAGAGGGGCACUAUCAGAAGCCGAAGAGGAUCAGAUUAUACAACUCCAUGCCCGUCUUGGUAACAGGUGGUCUAAAAUAGCCUCGCAUUUUCCUGGCCGCACGGACAAUGAAAUCAAGAACCGCUGGAACACUAGAAUCAAGAAAAGGUUAAAGCUCCUUGGAGUGGACCUUGUGUCCCACAAACCAAUUGAGCAACAAGAAGAUGAAGAAAAAACCGAGGCGAUCCCAACAUCGAAUUCAUCGACGCAACGAGAGGGAAGCUUGGGAGUUCCAUUCAUGAUCAUGGAGAAACAUACAAAGAAUGAGGAGAAACAAUUAACUGAAGGUGACAUGAACUUGGAUGAAACAAGUGAACUUUUACAUGGUUAUGAAAUGGUGAGUUUGGAUGCUGGGUUGUGGAUGAACCAAGGAGCUACUAAUCCCAGUUCUUGCAGCCCUUCAUUCUCUUUGGAAGAGUCUCUUAACCCUUCAAUGGGUGAAUCCAAUCCUAUUCAACAAUGGGUUGAUUCCAUGCUAUCAUGUGAUGGUUUCAACCAACUAGAAGAAGUGUUGUUGUUUUUGAAGAAUUGCCAAUAAAUCAACCUUUUCUUUUUUUUUUCUUUUUUGGUAAUGCAGGGUGUCUUGGCCCAAUUUGUCUCCACUCUUAUUAUAUUCGUAUGGGCGUAGUCAGUUGAUCAAAACUUGAGCCAAAAAAAGUGUACUGUAAAUUGUUUUUUACUCUGAUUUUGAGUACUUUUGUUCUAGCAAACCCCAUUUAAUUUCUAAUUUCAACUUCUUAC